AUGGAGGCCCCCUCCAGCCGCUCAACUCUGCCGCCUGCGCCCAACCUCACCGCGCCCAUCUUGCUGGGCUGGGGGCUCAACCUGACUUUGGGUCAGGGAGCCCCUGCCCCGGGGCUGCAGCUGCCGCCGUCCGGGCCACCCAGCCGCCGCGUCCGCCUGGCCUUCCUGGGGGUCAUCCUGGUGGUGGCGGUGGCCGGCAAUUCUGCGGUGCUGUGCCGCCUGUGUGGCGGCGGCGGGCCCUGGGCAGGUCCCAAGCGUCGGAAGAUGGACUUCCUCCUGGUGCAGCUGGCCCUGGCUGACCUGUACGCGUGCGGGGGCACCGCGCUGUCGCAGAUGGCCUGGGAGCUGCUGGGCGAGCCCCGCGCGGCCGCGGGCGACCUGACGUGCGGCGUCCUGCAGCUGCUGCAGGCCUCCGGCCGCGGCGCCUCCGCCCACCUGGUGCUGCUCAUCGCCCUCGAGCGCCAGCGAGCCGUGCGCCGUCCGCAGGGCCGGCCGCUGCCCGCGCGCGCCCUGGCCGCCCUGGGCUGGCUGCUGGCGCUGCUGCUGGCGCUGCCCGCGGCCUUUGUGGCACGCGGGGGCACUUCCUCGCCAGCCCCCCGUGCCUGGCCCGGGGAGCGUCGCUGCUGUAGCAUCUUCGCGGCCCUACCACACUGGCACCUGCAGGUCUACGCGCUCUACGAGGUUGUCGCGGGCUUCGCCGCGCCUGUCACGGUCAUGGCCGUCGCUUGCGGCCGCCUGCUCUGCGUCUGGUGGCGACGCCGGGCCCAGGACCCCGCGGCUGCGGCGUCCCGGCCGGCGAGUCCCCGCCGAGCCCCCGCGCCCGACGCGCUGCCCCGCGCCAAGGUGCAGAGCCUGAAGAUGAGCCUGGCGCUGGCGCUGCUCUUCGUGGGCAGCGAGCUGCCCUACUUUGCCGCCCGCCUCGCGGCCGCGUGGUCACCCAAACCCCCGGGUGACCAGGAGGCCGAGAGCUUGUCGGCGACCUUGCGCGUCGUGGGGGUGGCCAACAGUGCUCUCGACCCUUUCGUCUACUUGUUUUUCCAGGCCGGUGACGGCCGGCUCUGGCGGCGGCUGCGCAGGCGCCUGGGCGCUGUCUGCUGCUCGCAAGACUCAGUCGCUGAGGACAACGAGGGGCCCGGGGGUCCCCAGGCGCUGCACCGCCACCGCUGGCCGCACCCGCAUUAUCACCACGCUCGGCGGGAGCAGCUGGACCAGGGCUGCUUGCGCCCUCCCCCGCCGCGCCCCAGACCUCUGCCUUGUUCCUGCGAAAGCGCCUUCUAG